CACCUUCCCAACCCGCGAGGUUAUCCUUGUCAGAGACGACGUUAGAUCUCAUCCACACACAUCUACCGACCAGCCCACUAGACCACCCUCACAGACAGCCUCCCCUCCUCCCUUCCCUCCCUCCAUGCUGUUCCUCUCACAUCUCCCUCCAGUCAAUCCUGAUACCUGCAUGUAGUCCUGGCCAUUUCUACCAUGAUCGCACCUUUAUGCGCAUGCAGCGGCUCGAAGCGACCCUGACACCAAAAUCUAAUCCUUGGGUCCAUUAAUCCAAUCUCUUCGCUUCACACCUCCGAAUACUCAUACUCCUACUUCUAUUGCCCACGUCGGCGCACGGCUUGGACUUGCCACCUCUGACCACCUCUUAAUAUUAUCUCCUAUUCAGCUACCUUUGGGUAAUACUGUCGCCAACGCCUUGGCUAACCAGCCUACCACCGAGCUCUUGCCGAUCUUAUUCAGAGCUGAGCCACCAUCGCUCCUUCCGCCCAUCUGACAUCGCGUCAGCACCUUCCUCGGGUUGGCCUGAUUAUCAACUCGUUCUUUGUUCAACUUAAGCCUCACUUGUGCUUCUCAUUGAUUCCUGCUCUGACUCCAUUGGACAUCUUGUGAUUUUGUUGCUUCGUCCAACUCACCACGUUUCUUGCACUUUGCGACAUCAGGUUGCGACACCUCAGAGCAUUCAAAUCUAGGCCUCAAUCCUUGUCAUCUGACCUUGGCCAACCACACCCGUCCGCUCUUUUGCCCAUCGUCUUUCAUGUACCAAUACUAGCUUCCAGUCGUCAGUCGCCCAUUCCCUGGAGCCUUUGUUUUGUUAACUCGGCAUAUUCGCCUCUCGAGCCUCGUCCUUUCCAUCUUCACCUCCCGAACCAACCCCUCUUGGACCACCAAACCUCUAUAUCUUGCCUCUUGAGGACAACAGGGACAAUUGUGCACCACACCCGCUGUAACCAUGCAGCUCGGCCGCUCACCUAACAUUGUUCCUUGACCAAACCGCCUGGUCCUCGAGGCGGCGGCUUGCUCGCCGUAAUGCCCUCUCCCAAUCAUCGCUCCAGUCGAUCACUCAGUCUGGCAGGUACAGGUGCGGCUCUUCGAAGGGGCGACAUCUCAAUCUCAGACCCUAUUCCUCAGGACCCUGACGAAGCCUAUGUCGGCACAGAAAUGGUUGCUCACACAAGAUAUCUUUCCGCCCCUCCGGCCAAUGAUCCUUCGUGGACCCCAAAGACCGACGCUGCGCAAUGGGAUUCACACUACAGACACGUCUCCGCCGGAAAUGCCGUGAGCAAUCCUUCCGCCCGUGUAUCCACAGGGCCUUCGUUGAUGCCUAGCUCAAUGUCUUCCGCACCUUCAAAGUCAUCCCUGACUCCAAAGAAAGCCUCGGGGUUUCGCGCCACCAUCAAACGCAUGUUUUCUAGCAAACGGCACCGGUCUGUGCCCAACACCGUCGGUGAAACCCAAUACCUCCGGAGCGAUCCUGGCCACCUCAAUCCCGUGGUUGAACAGGCCCCUGCCGUCGAGGUCACACAGCCACAUGCGCUCACCGCCCCGGCUCAAAGUACUGCCCUGGGUUCUCAUUCGACCCACUAUCAGUCACAGUCGGUGGACAUCCAACCUGCGGAGCCACUCUUCCCGCGCGGGCGCCGGAACACACUGCCAAGCUUAGUCUUUAGCGACAAAGACACGAGCAUGGAUGUGGCAGCUGGCGAACGCUCUGCUCAACAAUCACGACAAGACCAUCACUGGUCUAAAGAAGACCACGUCUCUGAAGGCCAAUUCCGACGUCGGUCCAGAAGCGCCGAUGCUCUCAAUCAACUCGUUAAACAAGCUGAGACCGACUCCGCCACGAGCAGGAAUCGUGCCAGUGAAAUCGCCUUUUGGCGCACGAGUGCAAUCCAAAACCCCGUCCCCGUCUACAGUGGUCAGUCCAUCGCUGUAGAUCCAGUCCACGUCCCUCAGCCUACCGAGUCGAUCGAUGACUAUAAUCCUCCCUCAUCGAACUUCAACCCUCUGGGCUCUUUUGAUUUCGGCCUUGAGCAGGACAACGACGGCACUGGAAUCAGUCUGGAGCAGAGGGUCAACACUUUAGAAAUCAAGCUCUUUGAUUUUGAGUAUGCGCUUGCCAAACUCCAAGGCGUCGACAUCCCCAAGCCUGUGCUGCCCCCUCACGGAGACAACCGUCGGUCCAUCAUCCAGGAAUUUACCUCCAAUCCUCCUCAUCCGGUCUCUUCUUCGCCGUCUUCCCAUGCAUUUGGCUUCCCUUCGUCGCCGGACACCUCCCACGAUGCCACCUUUUUAUCGUCACCGGACCCAUCGUCCCAAGCCUCACCGACCCAAGGCGAUAAAUUUCCUUCUCAGAGAACCAGCAAGGCCACGACUGCCACCAUUAGACCCUCGAAUACCAGGGAGAAGUCGCCUCGCCCAUCGUCGCCGCAAUCUAUCCACAUUCCCGUCGAAAAGUUUGAGGCAUUAUUGGAUAUUGUCAAACAAGAACAAGAAGCCCGCCGGAAACUCGAAGAGCAGGUGCUAGAGAUGCAACAGGAACUGGAUGCUCUCCGAAGCCCUGUGUAUGCAACCAUUAGGGAAGCCUACCCCACGCCUAGUCCAGAGUCAUCGCACGCAGCCGUGUCGACACCUCGUUUGUUACAUCGAGCUCCUGCUUUUCAGAUUGGCUUGGUCAAGGAGAUAUCGAGAUUCAGCAAUACCGAGACAGAUUCUAAUGUCGACGAUGUCGACGAUGUCGACGGAUUUGAGGAUGUGUACGAGACGCCUCAAGGCCGGAAGAAUACCUUUGAGACCGCAAGAGGAGAUUCGAGCGAGUUGACUCGGUAAUACUAGGUAUCAGGUGAGUCGUGUCCACUAUACCACAUGUCAUGUCGCAGACAACAGCAACCCAAAGUUUGUGUACCUCAGUCGACACUGGCCGGAAUGGAGAGGCUUGACGCUGGCGGAAAUAGCCUUGUAACACAAACUCCACAGAUCAGGUCGUGCUUUUUGGCGCGUCGCUUCCGAGCGACCUUGUUGAUUAGAAUUGUACAAAUAUUGAGAAGCGGACGUAUAACUUGC